CUUUGUCAUUCAUGCUGACGAUACAUUGCUCACACUGACCAAUCAUUCCCAAAGUCCCCCACGACUCGAUGUCGGCGGUCAAAGGCGCCAUGAGGAUUACAAAGGCAGCCAAAAAGGGCGCUGUAUAUGUGUGCCAGACGUGUGCGGCACAAGGAAUCGACAACCGUUAUUCACGUAUUGAGUAUUUGCAUCGUCAUCAGCGCACACAUAGUGAAAACAAGCCUUUUGUAUGCGAACACUGCGGCAAGCGCUAUGCGAGGAGUGAUGUGCUCUUUCGACACCGAAAGAAAUGCGCUGAGACCCCGAAGGAGCAAGAUUCAAAUAAGAGAUCGCAGUUGACAGAGCCACCGCCUCAUACCCUACCCAGGAGCCGGGGUGUCAGACCUUAUCCUGACCCCUACUUGACUUCACUUGAUGCAUCUACAUCUCGAUUAACCAAAAAUCUCCCAUCGUUAUUUUCCACAUCCCCAUUAGCCUUCGAUGGCCAGGACCCUGCUGCUGUCCCCUCUGAUUAUGGUGAAUCGGAGUUGGAUCGACUUUUCUCUGAGGCACCAGACUUCUCCUCUCUUCCCGACUUUAUCGGAUCCGUUAAUGGGCCUCAUGUUUUGUCGAUUUCUGAAUACGACGGUGGUAACAUCCUGAACCCGACAAGCUUUGACACUGGCCAAUCGUACAGUGAGCCACCACUAUUUAGUCAGACGAUUCAGGAUAAGUCAGAAUGGCCAGUACGCCCCAUGAAUACCCUUGAGAGCAAUCCAUUCAGCACAGAGCCCACUCUAAUGCUCGCUGAGAAUAAUUUGUUUCGAGAGCUCCGAGGUCAGUGCGGAGUCGAUUCUUCAAACCCAUUCUUCUUUGAUGCCACACGCGUAAUUUACUGUUACAUGAUACCGAGAUGGAAGAUGCCAAAUGCCACCAAGAUGUCCGCACUCGCGUAUCGGACAUUUAAUACUGUGAUGGAGCAUCUUAGUGUGGUACAUAUGCCCACAUUCCGCCUUGAAGACGCGCACAACUGGCUGAUUUUUGCCAUGUGCACCGCGGCGCCUAGACCAGCAUCAGAUCUGCGGGAAACAGACCCCACGAACUACGGGGAUAGCCCUGUGUUACGGAAGGCUUUGGAUGAAAUAGAUAGCACUCCUGACUGGCCCCAGUCCCAAGACCUUAUUCGACGUGAUAAAACCGACAUAUUGGUUAAAUCUUUCUACCAAACUGCGAGAGGUCGCAAGUUGACUGCGAUGGAAAGCCUGCCCCUUAUUCAUGCUUUAUUGCUCUAUAAUUCAUCGUCAUUUUUAUCUGAGAACCAAACUGACCGACUUGCAGGCGAACUGUAUUUGGCAACCAUCACCUCCGUUGCUCGUCAAUCUGGUCUUUUCACUCCAGGAUCAGUUUGCACAAAUCCAGAGCAGCUUCCUAAAGAAGAAUGGCCGUCUCACUGGAAGUUGUGGAUUACUCACGAGAGCUGGCGUCGCACUGCGUGGCUAGUGUACACCCUCGACACCCUUGCCCAUCUCGAGUCGAAUGCAAUUGCCCACAUUCCCCCACGAGACCUCCGACACAUUCCUCUCCCAUAUCCUGAUUCGGCUUGGAAUGCUCCUACAGCCGACGGAUGGGCGUCUGCGAUGUCUGCAUUUGGAUGGACCAGCAGGACCGUUGAUGAUGGGAUGUAUGCUAUUUCGGCCUCAGAUGGCAGCCCGGAACAAUGGAACAUAUUCCGGAAGAAGAUAGGCCCAUAUGCACGACAUAUCCUCAUAUUAACGAUUCUUCGUGGGAUUGUGGCGUAUGGACGAGGGGAACCCGGCGGUGGUUACGUCACGAAGCGGUGGGUGCUUGCGGGACGCAAUGGAGACCGUGUCGCUCCCACAGAAAACAUUUCGAGGCACAAUUACAUUAUUUCAGCGUAUUGGAGAAUGCUGAACUUCUGGCGCCAAGCCUGGGACUUCGACAUCACUUGCCAACUCAAUCACCGAGGGGUACAUUUUAUCAAUGAUGCUCUUCCUCCAUAUUGGCUCUGCCGCACUAUCCUUAGUCAUAUUGCCUCGCCUCCCCCACCAUAUGUUCCAUCACUACGGCAUGAAGAAGAUCCUAUCAUGACUGCUCCGUAUCCCCUAGAUGAUGAGGAAGAUGGACCUAACCUUCUGGCAAACACCGAUUUGAAGGACAUGUUCAAUGUUGCUCGUCGCUUUGUGUCGAACAGGGAAGGGACGGUCAUGUCUUCCCCGUCUGGAUCACCAUAUGCGUCUUCUACGCCCUCACCAUCUGGGGUGACCGAAGCUUCAUCAGUGCCAUCUCCCGAGGUACAGUUGUCGGGUUCUCGAAGCCCAGGCUUAUCACCCAAAGUCCCUCCCGCCCCUUUGAACAGCCUCCCCUAUCUACCUCACCCUUUCACUGCCUACGCAUUUUGAGAUUCCCUUGUAAACCAUCCCAUUCAACUCGUGCUUCCUUUCUGUGUCGUCUUUUCCCAAGAUUUAUUCCAGCUGUCGGGUGUUCUGCUUCAAUUUAUUGCUGAUCAAUUGUAUUACUGUUUUUCUGUAUCUCGAUACUUGUCUAUACAAUCAAGUGGCUCCAUGCGAGUUCUUGCAUUUGACGGUGAGAACCUCGCCUGU